AUAUCAAAAUUAUUUAUAUCAGAAUUCAUUAAUAUGUAUUUUUCCAAACUAGGAUGAUCUCGUAAAACAUAUCAAUAACGAUCAUAUACAUGCCAACAAGAAAAGUUUUGUAUGCGGUUGGGAAGAAUGCUCGAGAGAGGAAAAACCUUUUAAAGCUCAAUACAUGCUGGUCGUACACAUGAGAAGACAUACGGGAGAAAAACCUCAUAAAUGUACCUUUGAGGGCUGCUUCAAGGCUUAUUCCAGAUUGGAAAAUCUCAAAACUCAUCUCAGAUCUCACACCGGCGAAAAACCAUAUACCUGCGAGUAUCCAGGCUGCAGCAAAGCUUUCAGCAACGCUAGUGACAGAGCAAAGCAUCAAAACAGAACUCACUCUAAUGAGAAACCCUACGUCUGCAAAGCACCUGGCUGCACCAAAAGAUAUACUGAUCCAUCGUCUUUGAGGAAACAUGUUAAGACUGUACAUGGCGCAGAGUUUUAUGCAAACAAGAGGCACAAAGGUAGCAAUGGCGAUGGUGGCGGUAGUGAUGAGGCUGGCACCGGCGGUCAUAGUCCUAGUAGAAGCGAGGAUCUCCACCCGAAGACACCUAGUAUCUCGAGCCCAAGCGUAAAAUCCGAGAGCGAAGCCAAUAGUCCACCCAGUAUAAUGCAACAACAGGGUAGUCCGUUACUAGGUGGUUGCAACGAUGAAAUCGCUGGAGUAGGUACUCUUACCAGCGAUGCAGUCGCUCUUGCUGAAGAACCGUGGAACGAAGAGCCCGAUGAUCUAGACAUCGCCGAUCUUCCUGUAGCGCUACGUGCUAUGGUUGGUGGAAUGGAAUCGCAACAGCAACAACAAGUGCCACCACCUACGUCGAGGAAAGGCCUGAAAGGAAGACUGAAUGCUAAAGGCGUGCCGAAUCUACCGAUUGCAAAUGUAGCAAAUGUACGAGGAAUUCGUGGUAUUGUACCUCAGGGUAACAUCGGCGAUCUCAAUAGAAGAAUCACUGAUCUGAAGGUGGAGGGCGGCGGGCAAACUCGACAGACAAGUCUAUCCGAUCUCCAAUUGAGGUUGCAGCCGCUUGGCGAACCGCGAAGAGACAGCAACAGCACUGUCAGCACGUACUACGGUAGCAUGAAAUCCGCGGAUUUCAGUAGUAGAAGAAGCAGCCAAGCAAGCGGCUUCAGUGCCGUCAGAAUGGGACCCCUGGGACCGGAUAGUUUCUACGAUCCAAUUAGCCCAGGUACAUCUAGAAGAAGUAGCCAGAUGAGCACUACGUCCGGCAGAAGAAAUUCGUCGAGUCACCUUCCGGGACCUUACUCAGCGAGUAAUCUUGUCGUACAAACGCAAAACAUGUCUCUUCAGAACAUUCAGACAAUGCCAGGUAACUGGAGCAAUCCAAGUGGUCAUUGUGCCCAAUCGGCAGGCGAUCGACGAAUGUCUGAACCUAUUCGCAGUAAUCAGGUCCAAAGAACCUCUCCGUCGAUAUCCCCCAGACCAAGAUCCGCACAGUUGCCCGAGUUUCAUCCUAAUCAAGAGGUAAUUCUAGACGAGGUGGGUGAAGGUGAAAUGGUGGAGAACAAACUGGUCAUUCCCGAUGAGAUGAUGCAGUAUCUCAAUCAGGUUCAAGCGGGCGGAAAUCAAAUCAUUUAUCGCAAUAGUCCACUUCCGAUCUGCCAGUCGCCGAUCUGCCUGAAUCCCGUACAAUACCCACGUCAGAUGCAGCUCGCGUGUAAUUACAACCAAUCGCAUCAGCCGAACUGUUAUCCUAUUCAGCAACCAAUUCAACAGUCCUGUCAGAACUAUCAACAGAAUUCUUCUUCUACUCCUUACGGCCAAUCUUCGAGUACGAUACAGUCUCCAUCGCAGUAUUGUCCACCGCCGAGUUAUGGAUCUCAGGUUAUUAGCGGAGAAGUGGCAAGUCCAGCAACGGGUCCAGUCCUGUCCCCUAGCUCGCACUAUGCUCCAGCUCCUCACUUGAGCGAUCAACCAUUACCAUCUCCCGCAGCUGGCGCAUUAGCGCCGCAGAACGCACCGCAGAGUCUGCAUCAAAAUUCCGCUCAGCUCAGUAGAAAUUGUCCGCAGAACCAGGCGAAUCACACUUACUAUCCAAAUUACGGUUGCGCGGGACAAAUAAAUGCAAACUGCACCGGUACUACCGGUCAGCGCAAUCAUCAUCAUUCCAACCAGAAUUGCGCGCCACCAUCUAAUCACACCACACAGAUGCGAACUGUGCCAGCCAACUGUCAGCAAUUGUCACCGAACUGCACGCAGCCGACGGCUCCCAUGUCCAAUCCGCCGAUUAUCGCCCAUCCGAAUUCACAAUGCAGUCGACCGUCCAGUCAGUGUACGAGACCGAUGAUGACACCCAAUAGUCAGAUACACACUACUCAACAGAUUACGAUGACCACUCAGUGCGAUCAAAUGUCAUCGCAUUGUUCUCAGCUGAACUUUACAAGCCAAACUAAGCCGACGAAUACGCUGACAACCAAUCCUUCGGGCGCUCAGCAACCAGCUCAGCAGUCGACAGCGCUUUGUUCACAAAUCAGUAACUGCGUUCAUUUCAAUGGCACGCAGCACCAAAUUAACGACGGCAACGCAUCGAAGACAACAUCGCCGCAGCUUUGCAACGCUCAACAAACAAACACUUGCAGAGUGCAGCAACAACAGCAACAGAUUUGUACCAAUCCUCAGCAACAAUACACUUGCACCUGUUCGUGGAACUAUGGAAAUCAUCAUAGCGACCAACAUAGUGGGCAGUUGCUGGAAAUACAGUGCAGAGAUAUUAGCCAGUCACAACAAGGCUCGGUAAAACCUCCUCAAGGUAUGAGGCAGGAUUCCUAUCGCAGAACACUGGAGUACGUCCAGCAAUGCAGGAACUGGUCCGCAAAUAACUCGCAAACCCACGAAACUAACGUAUCUAGCUCAACACAUCCUAUGUCCUUACCGCAACCUUUGCCAGCUAGUGUCAAUAUGAUCAUCAAUGAUAUGACGUCUUCACUCAGCUCGUUACUGGAGGAAAAUAGGUAUUUGCAGAUGAUUCAAUGAUUAAUAUUUAUCAAGUACAGAAGAACAAGUUUAAUUCAUUGUUGACUGAUCUAAGAGUUGAUUGAUCGCACUUACAAUUGCUCUUACAAUUUGAUAUCAUAUUAGCAACAUGCUGCAUGCUCAAUACAAAAUUUCUAUUUCUCAUAAGAGAAAUUGAAAUAUAUAUGAAAUGUUUGACAAAAUGUAAUAUAUAGUAUAAUGAAACUUAAAUAUGUCAACCAUGACAUGAAUAGUGCCACUGACUUAAGUUAUUACCUUUUGAAGAUAUUGACUUACAACAUCAAGUACCUCGAAAAUAAGUAAUUUAGUAUUAGAUAUUAGGUAACAAAGUUACACUGUGUAUUAAUAACGGAUCAAAAUAAUGUUUCUUUAAUUGUGAAAACAGAAACUGCUGCUGAUAGUACGAUUGAUAAAUCUCCAGCAUCUUAAUGGAUGCUGAAUAUUUUUACAAAAUCUUGUACUUUAAAUUAUUGUAGAUAUGUUUUUAUAAUAUGCACUUUUUGUACAUCAAUUUCAUUAUGUAAAGCGUGCCAAUUUAGCGUUGUCUUCUUACGAUAGCGAAAUUCAAUAAAGUGUAAGGUAUACGAAUGUAUAUUGUGAUAAAAGAGAGAAAAUAAAGUAUUAGAUCAUUAAUAAAAUAAUCUAAUUUGUUGCGUCUAGAUGACGAUAAAUCUAAACACAUAUUUAUGGCAACACAAUGUCGUAUAUAAAUUUUAUAACAGGAUAAAAAACAAAAACCAAAAUUCUUCAAAACAUCGCUAUCAUAUUUGUAUUGCCAUCUAGACGCGAUCUGGAUUAUUUAAUUAAUGACUUAAUAGUUUAGAGGAAGAUAAAGAAAGAAAAAAGAGGAAAGAGAAAGAAAGAAAGAGAAAGACAGUGAGAGUAAAGAAAACAAAGCGAAAUCAUUAAUUCAUUAAAGGGAUGUAUCAAGUUAAACGACCGAAAAAUUAUUUUUUUAAUUCAUUAGAAUGUACUUUUGACUAUAAAUUUAAACAUUUUAUUUUCGAUAAGCAUAUUUAAUAUAACUGUAGCAACUGUCGGUGUACAGAAUGUUUUCCAAAUCUUAUUUUAUGGUAGACUUAUUUUGUGAUACGGUAAUAUUCACAAAAGUAAAAAGACUUUAAGAAUCUUAAAGAGGAGGCUUCAAUCUCGGUUGUUAUAUACCAGAUUUUUUAUUUAUGUAUUCUUACAUCAAUUAUUAAAAAAAUGUUAUGGUCUAAAAUUUCAGGCUAUUUUUCUAUAAGUACUUUUUUAAAAGUACUUAUUAUAAAACGCCGCUUAUGUCUAGCCUAUGCUUUUUCCGGAGAAGAGAAGCUUACGAAAAUAAUCAUUGGUUCCUCUUUAACCGAAUACCUGUUCUUAGAACCGUUAGAUUCAAAUAGCAAUAGCUACAUAUAUAUGCAAACACAAACCAUAUCCAAGCGUAUGUGAGCGCACGCUACAGCACAAAUCUCGUCACAUUAAAACCUCUAUAACUUUGUUAAUCGUUAUCGGAAAAAAUAUUAUAUAUAUAUUUUAGACACUUAAUACUUUUAAAAAAUGCAAACCCCGAAAAAUCAAGUUUUUCAAACUUGUCAACUUGAUACAUCCCUUUAAACAAUCAUAAUAACAAGACUUAGGCUGCAAAUAAUCAUUACUCUCAAUAAAUGUCUAUCUGUAAUAAGAAGGCAAUAUUAGAACGAAAAAUGUAAAUAAAUUUAAGAGAUAUUUACAAAUGUCAAACAAAGGAGCGAAUGAAUACUUAUCAUGUACGUGCAUCAUGUGUCUCUAGAUCAAGCGUCUAUUUUAUAACAAUUAUUAUUUUGUAAAGGAAUCAUAAAAAAUAGUAAAUAUUACAACACACACAUACACACACACACACAUACACACACAAUCAGUUUUAGUUCAAUUAAUACAAAAUAUUACGAAUAUUCCAGUGCCUUUAAAAAUUGAGUGAUAAUAACAAAUACAACGAUUGAUAAAUGCCUAUAAAUUUUAAAACGUAGAAUAUAUGCCUGAAGCCAUUUUUUGUUACAUAAACGACUUUUAUAUGAAUUUUAAUAAAUCACUAUUAUACAAAGUGAGAAGUAUUUUGUGAAUAUUAUACAUAUUUACCACAUGCAGAUCGAUAUUAUAUGAUAAUAAUAACAUAUGUACGAAAACCUGUUGGAAUAAGGAUAUCGAAUCGAGUCUUAUAAAACGUCUAUAUUUGUACGAAAUUGUUAAUUAUUUUGAAAAUAAAUCAUGUUAAAAUCUAU